ACCGUUAGACUUGCUUUACGAGACUGAAACACCCAAAAUCCGGGUUACUAAUUUUGACAGAGAUAGUUUAGACGAGCCAAAAAGAAAGAGGCGGGAAAGAUGUCGGCGGCGAGAAUCUUGACAAGCGGACCCGUCCUUUCACGACCGGUGACUUUCGUGACCGGUAACGCCAAGAAGCUGGAAGAAGUGCGAGCUAUCUUAGGCCAAUCCAUUCCUUUUCAGUCUCUCAAGCUCGAUCUUCCGGAAUUACAGGGAGAGCCCGAAGACAUUUCUAAGGAAAAGGCUAGAUUAGCUGCUAAGGAGGUGAAUGGGCCUGUAUUGGUGGAAGAUACUUGUCUGUGUUUCAAUUCUUUGAAAGGCCUUCCAGGACCCUACAUCAAGUGGUUUUUGCAGAAGAUUGGUCAUGAAGGACUGAACAAUAUGUUAUUGGCAUAUGAGGAUAAAUCAGCAUAUGCAUUAUGUGUUUUCUCACUUGCUCUUGGACCAAACGAGGAGCCACUUACUUUCCUGGGAAAGACACCGGGUAAGAUAGUUCUUCCAAGGGGACCAAAUGACUUUGGAUGGGAUCCAAUCUUUCAACCAGAAGGCUAUGAUCAGACUUAUGCUGAGAUGCCCAAGGAAGAAAAGCAUAAGAUUUCUCACCGCGGUAGGGCUCUUGCAUUGGUGAAAGAUCAUUUUGCUGAAACUGGAUACAUUUUUAAGACUUAGACAUCUUUAUAAUAAGCGAAGUACUUGUGCUUUAUUAGUAUGGUAAAUCCUCUAAACAUGAUUAGUGGCUGGAAACUUCCAUUAUAUUUAUUGUACAAUGUCAAGCAAUGCAAAAUGACUUGCAAAAGUCGAAGGAAAGAAACGCUGUGGAGAUGGUGCGAGUCUAUUAUUCAAAUGUUCAUGAAAGGCCUAAACCAGUACAAUACUGUAUAAUUAAGUGUUAUACAUUCUGAGUUUAUUUCACAUGUAUUGCUAUACAAAGUUUUUCGCAGUUUAAAAUUUUGAUUGCUA